AUGCAGAAGAUGAGUGGAGCCCCUCAGAGCAACAAGUCAAGCAACAUGGGAAGUAACCUGAUUGCAGGUGGACACAAAGAGAUGGGUGGGGGUGGGAGUAAUUUCAUAGCUGGAGUCUUCACCCAGGCCAUGAAUAAGAAGAUGAGUAUCUACGAUGCCAUGAUGAGGGGGCUCCUGACACCAGGUACGGCCCUGGUGCUGCUGGAGGCACAGGCUGCUUCAGGGUUCCUCACUGACCCCGUGAAGAAUGAGAAGCUAUCAGUGAAAGAGGCACUGACUGCAGGACUCAUAGGCAGAGAUUUUUAUGAGAAGCUGCUGUCGGCAGAGGGAGCCGUGACAGGAUACACAGAACCAUACACAGGACACAAGAUCUCCCUCUUCCAGGCCAUGAAGAAAGAGUUCAUUGUGAAGGAGCAUGCUAUCCGCCUGCUUGAGGCCCAGAUCGCCACCGGCGGCAUCAUCGACCCCGUGUACUGCCACCGUGUCCCUGUGGAGGUGGCCUACCAGCGUGGCUACUUUGACCAGGAGAUGUGCCAGUUUCUUUGUAAUCCCAAGAAUCAAACAAGAAGUUGCUUUGACCCCAACACACACGAGAACCUCACUUAUACACAGCUCCUCCGCCGCUGCGUGCCCGACCCAGACACGGGGCUGCUCAUGCUCCACGUGAUGGACAAGGGCUCCGUGCUCUACCAGCUGAACAAGGACGCCCGGAAAGCCCUGCAGGCCGCCUGCACCACCGUCAGCGUGGGGCUCUUCCAGGGCCAGAGUGUCACUGUCUGGGAGCUCCUCUUCUCCCGUUACGUCCCUGAUCACCAGAGAGAGGAGCUGCUGAGGAAAUACAAGGUGGGGACGGUGACCAUCCCGGAGAUGAUCACCAUCCUCACCACCACCAUCACCAGGGCAGAAAUGGAAAAUGGGGAUCUGACCUCAUCCACAGUUAUACCCAACAACGAGGUGGGAGCAUCACAGCCUGUUCAGGAUACGCACUCCCAGGAGCAACAAUUGAGAAAGUCCUUAAAGUCUGCAACCAUCUAUGUCACUGCUGGUGAGUUCCAGGGGCAAAACAUUUCCUUGUUGGAUCUGCUCUUUUCAAAAUACAUCCCUCAAGGGAAGCGGCAGCAGCUGCUGGAGCUGUACAGAGCAGGGAUACUGACCACAGAACAGGUGGCUACUGUGGUCACCACCAUCAUAAACAGAACAGAAGCUGCAAAUGCUGCGCUCAUGGCAAAUGCCCGAAGUCCACACAAGGCAGUGACAAGGGCAGAGGAAAAUGGAGAUGAUUUUUCAACACAAGAUGCACAACUAGAUAACAUCUUGAAGUCUACCACCAUUGAUGUGCCAGCUGGUGAGUCGCAGGGAAGGCAGGUCUCUGUGUGGGACCUGCUCUUCUCUGACUACAUCCCUGAGGAGAAAAGGCAGGAGCUUCUGGAGCUGUACCGUGAAAGGGUAUUAACUCUGGAGCAGAUGAUAACUGUUGUCACCACUGUCAUUAAGAAAAAAGAAUCUACAAGCAGAAAAUUCCUAACUGCAGUCAAGACUUCCAACAAGGACACUGUGUCAGCAGCAGGAGAGAAGGAUGCCGACUCCCCCAAAGAAGAACCAUGGGAAACAGCCUUGAAAACGACAGCUGUCAACAUGGAGGUCGGAGAGUUUCGGGGCCACAAGGUCUCUGUGUGGGACCUGCUCCACUCCAAGUAUAUCCCCGAGGAGAACAGAAAGGAGCUGCUGGAGCUGUACCAGGCAGGAGAGUUAACGCUUGAUCAGGUGAAAACCGUUGUCAGCACUAUUGUAACCAAGGCAGAAGCAGCGAGGGCAGAGCAAUUGGCAAAUGCAAGUAGUCCAAGAGCAGAGUCGACAGUUGCAGAAGCUGAGCACACCCACCUGCAGGAGGACAGGACCUGGGAAGAGACCCUGAAGUCCACCACAGUUGAGAUGUCAAUGGAUGAGUUCCAGGGGAGGCAGGUUUCUGUGUGGGACCUGCUCUUCUCCCACUACAUCCCUGAGGAGAAAAGGCAGGAGCUCCUGGAGCUGUACCGUGCAGGGACACUCACCAUUCAGGAACUGGUCAGCACCACCACCAGCACUGUGACAGACAGCAAAGAAAGGCACCUUGCAACCCUUCCCCAACAGACAGUGGAUCUCCUCCAGUCCGAGGGCUCCUACAUUACUUUUGGCCAGUUCCAGGAGCAGAGGGUGUCAGUGUGGGAGCUCCUCUCCACAAAGCAAGUCUCUGAGUACAAACGAGAGGCACAUCUCGACACUUAUGGCACAGGAGGGCUGACUGUGAACAAGAUCACCAUCACCACCACCGUCAUCACAGGCCCACAGCGUAAGAAGAGACACCAUUAG